AUUUGAUAGUUUAGCCGAUCGGGCGUGAGGAUUGUCUUUUCUUGACCAAAUAAAAGGCCAGAGUGUUCGCAUCUCUUCAUCAUUCAACAAGAAGAACUCACGAAAGACUUGGAGAUGGACAAGUUGAUCUUCGUGGGAUUGCUGAGUUGUUUACUAGGUUCCGGAAAUGGUAGGAAUCGCGAUUACAUGAAACUUCCUCCGGGCUUCACCAUCGGAUCAGCCUCGUCCGCUUAUCAAGUCGAGGGUGGCUGGAAUGCCUCUGAUAAAGGCGAGAGCGUGUGGGACUGGUUCACACACGAGAAGAACGAAUUAAUUCUCGAUCGAUCGAAUGGAGAUAUCGCAUGCGAUACAUACCACAAGUACAAGGAAGAUGUUGCGAUAAUGAAAGAUAUCGGGUUGAAACAUUACCGUUUCUCGUUGAGUUGGACAAGAAUUUUACCGAAAGGGCAUUCGCAUUACAUCAGCAAAACUGGAUUACAAUAUUAUCACAAUCUUAUUGACGAGCUGUUGAAAAACGAAAUCGAGCCUAUGGUCACGAUCUAUCACUGGGAUCAUCCGGAAUUCAUGGGUCGUUACGGAUCCUGGACGAAUUCCCUAAUGGUGGACUGGUUCGCUGAUUAUGCCCGGGUGGUGUUCAAAGAGCUCGGACCUAAAGUUAAAUUUUGGAUAACAGUCAAUGAGCCGAAUAAUUAUUGCGAACAGUCUUCUGGGGGCAAGAGACAAGCACCAGGAAUGGAUUUACCAUUUUCUGGAAGCUACCUUUGUCUUCAUAAUCUGCUGAAGGCUCAUGCCAGAGCUUAUCACAUUUACGAUGAGGAGUUCCGACCUUCGCAGAAGGGACAGAUUGGAAUAGUUAUGCCGUGCAGACAUAAUUUCCCGGAAACUGAAGCUGACAGUGAGGCAGCGAAGAUAGCAUUUGAGUUUGAUUGCGGCUGGUCAGCACAUCCCAUAUUCUCCAAGGAAGGAGAUUACCCAGAAGUGAUGAAAAAACGAAUCAGACGAAAUAGCGAACUGGAGGGCCUGCCGUUCUCCAGGUUGCCUAAAUUUACACGUUACUGGAUCGACAUGAUAAGAGGAUCGUCUGAUUAUUUUGGACUCAAUCAUUACACGUCGAAGAUGGUUAAGGCCCUACCCAGGAAGAAGGGCAGUCCGUACGUCCAGGAUUCGGGGGUUCGUGUGUUCCUGAAUGACAGUUGGGAAAUAUCUCCCACUGACUGGCUGGCUGUCGUUCCUGAGGGCCUGGGAGGUGUGCUCCGAGACAUCAAAGAAGCCUACGACAAUCCACCGGUUUAUGUACUAGAGAAUGGAGUUUCAUCUUAUGCAACGAUCAACGACUACAACAGAAUUGAAUUCUUGUACGGUUACAUGAAGUCUAUGCUGGAAGCUAUCAAUCGAGACGGUUGUAACGUCAAAGUUUACACUGUGUGGAGUCUCCUGGACAAUUUCGAGUGGGACAGAGGAUACAGUGAGCGUUUUGGGCUGCUCCAAGUGGACUUCAACGAUCCCAACCGCACGAGGACCCCCAGACUGUCAACAAGAUGGCUGAAGGAAGUAAUUGCCAAACGGGAGUUGAUACCAUUUGACAAAACUGAUUUAAAAAAGCAAUUGGACUCUGUAUCGUAGAAUUAUUGCGUCUAUUGCUUCGUUAGAAACUCUUAGUUUAUUCGAUUACAAACAAAAUAGUUUUUUGAUUCCGAUGAAACUGAAGGUCCCAGAUGUAGUCGUGAUGGCCUCAUGCAGGAAAUCAGGUUUCAUCGAGACCAAAAAAUUAUGAUGGUAAUUACAGAGAUUAAUUUGGUCACGUGACUCCUGGAAAAAGGUCCUUAAAGGGCUGAUGAGUGUCAUGAAUCCCUGAAAUACAGAUUUUAGUGCUCCUUUAUAAUUAAUAA